AUGGUGGCAAACACCAAGAAGGAGUAUCCAAUAACUCAUGGACAGAAUGUAGCAGUAUGGAGCGGUGAUAUUAAUUCCUCAAGGGAUGAAUUACUAAAACAGAUCAAAGUAGCACAGAAUGUUGCUUUAUCUGGAAUUUAUUGGUGGACAACAGAUAUUGGUGGUUAUCAUCCUGUUGGGUUAGACGAUAAUGAAUUUCAAGAAUUAGUAUUAAGAUGGUUUCAAUUUGGAGCAUUCUGUCCCCUAUUUCGUUUACAUGGUAAACGUGAUCCACCUUUUCCAGACAAUGAAUGUGGAUUUUCUGGUGGUCACAAUGAAGUAUGGUUAUUUAAUUAUAGUAGGCAAAUUGUCAACAUAAUUCAACUGCGCGAAUCUUUACGCGAUUAUGUUGAAUAUCAUUUGAAUAUUUCAAAUCAAAAUGGAACACCUAUUCUACGACCAAU